AUCUCUGCUGGAGGAGGAUCAGGGAGCCAGACUCAUCAUCACAAAUUAUUUAAAAGUUCUUUCUGUCCUUUUUCUGCAACAUUUGGACCAUUUGCUUGAUUAAACUGACUCGAAAUAUUUUAUUUGUUCUUCCAUUCAUCUAUUCUCUUCUACUGAUCCAAGAUCAGCUCAGGGAGGAUCCAAGAGUUCCCAGACCAGAGAAGAUCCCUCCAGAGAUCUGGAUCUGUCUGGAAAACCUUCAGGAGGAGACCAAGAGGCACCUCCUGACUGACUCCUGAUGAGGAACAGCAUCUCUACGUCCUCUGAUGGGUUAAAGCUCAUUUUGGCUUCACAAGAUAUUCUUAAAAAAUCUGAGUAUAUUGAAGACAAAUCAUCAGUGUGUGUAAAAUGUGUGUUACUAUGAGUUAUGGUGUUUUAGUAUUAGACAGUGAGUCUGCAGGUAGAAGGAAGCUAAGGUUGGAGCCACCAGGCAGGAAGCUGAGAGGAAGACCUAAAAGGAGAUUUAUGGAUUUUUGGUGAAAGAGAACAAGAAGUUAGUUGGUGUGAAGUUAGAGGAUGUAGAAGAUAGGACUAUGGACACAGAUAAUUGUGAGUAGGUGUGUCCUAAUAUUAGUGUGUGUUAUUGAGUAUUGGUGUGUGUUAGUCUAACAAACACCAAUACUCACUAACACAUAUGUCAUGGUCUGCGUUCUGCAUCUCCCUCAUGUCUCCUUGUGUUCUCCAUCCCUCUCUAGGUUCCCCUGAUGUGUCUCUGUGUGUGCCUCAUGUGUCUCCUUGUGCCCACUCCAGGUUUUCCCUUUAGGUGUUCUUUGGUUUCUGUGCCCCUUUAGGUCUGCAGGUCCCUCCAGGUUUCCCCGUAGUGUUUUCUGAUGUAGUAAUCCCAUCCUUGUUGGUGUUUUUCUUCUGGUGUCUUGUUUUCAGGUUUUCAGGAGUUCACUCAUCUGUAGAUUUAUUUUACCUAGUCAGUUUUCCCCACUCAGUUAAUUGGUCUCACCUGAUCCCUUCUGAUUACUCCCCACACACCUGUCACCCGUCUCCCUGAUUGUUUCCCUUUGUGUAUGAAACCCUGUCCGCGUCUCAAUGUGUUGUCGGUCCAUUGUUUGUGUCAGCGUUGUCUCCAGGUCUCCAGGUCUCCAGGUCUCCAGGUCUCCAGGUCUCCAGGCCUCCAGAGGGAAUGUCUGGAGCUCCUCAGAUCAGUCAGGAUCUCACCUGCAGUCAGAGUGAUCUCUGUCCAGAAGAUCAAGGAGAAGAGCUGUCCAACCACCUCAGAGACCCUAAAACAGUUUCAGAUGAACCUGGCUCUGAUCCACGACCGGCUGCACAUUAAAACCUUCUGGGAGAAAAGGAUCAAUGCUGAUAACCAACAUGCUGAGAGUGAGGAAAAGAGGAUGAACCAGAGCGCACUCCACAAGCUCAGGGAGGAGUGGCUGGUCCGCCUGGAGAACCGAACCAAACACCUGAAGAACCUCAACGACAACCUCAUAAGGAAAGUGAAGAUGGAGAAGUCAGCUGACCAGACAUGAGCCAAUCAACAUGUUUCUUGUUUAAAUAAAAAGAGAAAAGUAACUGUU